AUGUCAGCCCCCAUAGAAAUAUGUCUGAAAAGGACAAGGAACAAAACCCAAGAUGAACUGAACGCUCUUUACGAAAGCGUCCUUCGCUUGUUGACUGCUGCCCAGCCAUCUGAGAGGGACCGCAGCGACUGUCUGUCUGAGCUGAGAAAGCUUUUCCUGUAUCUGUCUUGCACCAAGUAUCGGAGAAGGUUGUCACAAGAGCUCAUUGACACACUGAAAUGCACGCUGACAGAGAAGGACCAUGGUGCAUCAACGGGGGUCAAAGGUCAUAUGUUAUGCAGCGCCAUACUUCAAGAGUAUGCCCCGAGUGAUCAGCUGGUCAUUGACAGUUUUAACCCUCCCGUGGACUUGAAGAAGGUUCCGUACAUCUUGCCGGUAGUAAUGAGUCAGGGCCAGAUGGCAGGGAACAUGGACAAACUAGUCUCCCAGAUGGUUCGCUGGGUGUCCACUGUGGGCUUUGAUGGGGAGAUCCAGGCCAGGGCGCUGGGAUGCCUGGUUACCGUGGCAACACUGCACAGACCUCUUCUGUCCGGAGAACAAAUUUACGUAGUGAGUUCCCAGAUCAGUGAUUGGUUGAGUCAGGCCAGCCUGGUGCAGGCGCCCAACCCAAACGCAAGACUCAAGUCCAAGAAAGCAGACCAGGUGACAGAGAUAGAUGGUACCACCUGCCAAGACUUCUUCACCCUCCUCAACCUGAGCCACUACUACUCCCAGGACCAACUCCUCAACCUCCACAGCUUCUCUUGCCUCCGCCAGUGGCUCCUGAGCGCCCACUUCUCAGAUGCCACCACGCCCUCUAGCGCCAACCCCAGCUCAGCCGGGGUGACCUCAGACCCUCCCUCGUUUCUUAUGUCGUCCGGGAGCUUUGCCACCAAAGCCAGGCAGGUCCUGGUUGAGAAGGCCUGCGAGUACUGUCUGAGGGUCAUCGAUCAGUGCGAGAGAAAACCCUUGAAGUUUCAAGAUCAAGAAAUGAUUCAAGCUUGUCUGAUGGAAGCAGUAUCCACACUGGAUGUCCUGUGCAGCUUGAACUCUUUCCUAGUUGCCAAGAUCUUCCCGGCCAUCAAAGGCGUUUACAACCGCCUGAGUGAGGACAACAGCCAGCCCCGGGUCCUGCUGGUUCUGCUGCAGUUCUUCUUUCACCACAGUGAGAUGGUUGUUUACGAGCCCAUCCCUGCCUAUGAGCAUUUCUUUGGAGAGGUCCUGUCCAGUCACUACAACGACCCGGCUGUCGCGUUUGACACCAUCAUGUUCUGCAGGGACAAUCUACAGAAACUCUGCAUGGAAACUGACAUACUUGAGAAAUUCUUCCCCAACUUGCUGAAGAUCUUAGCUUGGAAUCCCCGCACAUUCCUGACAGAAUAUCUGGACAUUCUACCUGCGAUGAUCUCGCCCUCAACAGCAGUUGAAAUGUUGCACACGUUGCUUGACCUUCCUUGCGAGGUCAUGGCCCUGGAGGUCAGCCAGCAAGUCAGUCGCCCUGGCAACCAGACCCCGGACAACUACCUGAUCCCGGAGCCCACUUUCCGCUUACCGCCCACCGUGGAGGCUUACAAGAAUCCCGAGCACAAACCCUGGUUCAACUUCAUCCUGAGGGGACGGAGUGGACAGGGGGACACCAUCAGCAAACUUGGUUUCCUGCACAAGCUGCUGUCCGACACUUCCGCCUACCCUAGAGUUGUGCCAGUCUCUCAGGCUGUCCCAGUCCUCCUCAGACUGUACUUCCAGACCAUUUUUGCCCAUGCUGACAGCGGUCUACUGUGCCAGCUCGUCCCAGUCAUAAUGGAACGCGCAGGUCUGCUGUUCAACAUUCCAUCAUUCACUCAGGAAGUUAGAAAGGUGUUAGCAGAUGAAGUCUUGGCUGUGUUCAAGCAGUGCCCAUCUCUCAUCAUGGACCUGAGAUCGGAGCUCCUAGACUACAUCGCCACACUCCGCAACAUCCACGGCAAGGAGGAUUUCUUCACUCACAUGGUAUGGAUCAUCGGUGACUACACAUCAACUACCUAUGACAGCAGGUGCAAUACGGAGGUCAUCAUUAAAUUUUACGAGGCUCUUGAGACCCUUCUGUACGAAGUGUCAGUGUUGGUUCAGUCGUCCAGUGCUGGUCAUAUUCCAUACUCCGCUAGAUUGCUGACAGUCUGCAUGACGGCCCUUGCAAAGCUGGCGUCUCGAUGCCAGGAUCUGAUCCCGCGAGUCUUGCUGUGCCUCACCAAAGUCUCCCAGCAACAGAUGAAGAGUUGUAUCGAGGAUGAACACAAGAAAGCCCUGCUGGACAGAGCUAACGAACUCAUCAACGUACUCAAGCUACCAGAUGUUGCGGCAGCCAUCUUGAGCCCAUCCUCGGAGAUCGCAGACGGACACUGGCAUGAGGACAUCAACACCUCCAUCCCACUCCUACUGCAGGCAACUCACCAGAUUGUUCAGCAUGGAACGUAAAGGCCAGCUGGACCAGGUCCAUCAAUCAAGUCAUUGCUGUACGCACCUGUUAUUGUCUGACCGCAGCAAUGAGAAAGAAGAAAUGCUUUAACAUUUAACAAAGUGGUCCAAUCUUUUAGCAUCUUCUGAAUGGUACAAGUUCAGAGGAACACUUAACCAUCAGACGCCCCCCCCCCCUAUGAAACUCUAU